GUUCCCCUUCCAGCCUGGCCACAGUCUCUCCGCCAGGACUUCCUGUUGGGGUGUCCUAGGCCCCACCCCAGAGCUGGGCACUUCCCUCCCUGACACAGGGACCGGGACCCACUCUGCCCUGCCAGAGGCAGACAUGGUGCCCCUGCUGCUGCUGCUGCCCCUGCUGUGGGGGGGGUCCCUGCAACAGCAGCAUCCAGGCUAUGAGAUCCAUGUGCAGGAAUCAGUGACGGUGCAGGAGGGUCUGUGUGUCCACGUGCUCUGCUCCUUCUCCUACCCGUGGAGUUCGUGGUCUUCCUCUUGCAGCCUCUACACCUACUGGUACCGGGACCGGGACAACACAAACCGUGAUGCUCCUGUGGCCUCGACCAACCGGAAUAAAACAGUGAGGAGAGAGACCCAAGGCCGCUUCCUCCUCGCGGACCCCAUGACCAACAACUGUUCCCUGCAAAUCACAGACGCCAGGAGGAGCGACUCAGGACACUAUGUCUUCCGAAUGGAGAGAGGAGAUUCUGUGAGAUAUAAUUACCGAAUGAAGAUGCUGGAUUUGCAGGCGACAGCCCUGACAGAGAAACCCCACAUCCGUGUACGGGAGCCC